GGCCACUUAUACUUUCGCCCAUCCCGGUACCGAGCGCCCCAGCCCCCCUCGCUACGUCGCUAAUCUUCCUCGCGCGAGCGCCGCCACCCCUCCCUCCCCAUCCCGCUGCCGGGCGCCGCCAGACCCCUGCCUCGUCUUCCUCCACUGCAGAGAUGGAUACUUCAAGUCCUUCACCAUUUGUCAAUGGAGAGACCCUGAAGAUUUUUGUUGGGCGAAGAGUGCGCACAGUAGUUCAAGUCCAGCGCAAUGAAGGUGGAGUUCUUGUCGGGCAGUCCACUGAUGGGCAUCAGUUGACCAUCAGAGGUGCCACUGAUGCCCCUGAAUCACCACACUAUAUGGAGGUUAUUGGGAUCGCUGACAGCAAUCAGUCCAUCCGUGCUGAAGUUUGCACAGAUUUCGGUGAAAACUUUGAUGCUGGGGUGUUCAAUGGACUGUGCAAGCUUGCGAAUGAGACGUUCAAGCCCCUUUUCCUGUAGAGCUCAGCAUUGUAGAGAAGACAGUUGGCAAACCAAGCAUGUUUGGAGAUGAUGAUAUGUUUGUUGCUUUAAGAUUUGUCCAGAUGUUACCUCACUUAUCUCAGUAAUCUGUUACUUAGAGUCAACUUUGCACACCUUAUUAGGACAUAUGAACCUAAUCUACGUAGCUGUAUAAAGACAAGCGUGUGUGCCCCUUUCAGUUGAAGAGCUUAUUGUCUGUGCUGCUUCCAAGCAAAGCAAAGCAAACCAAGCUUUAUGUUACUGUCACAUGGAUUUGGACACCAGAAUGUUGCAUUUUGCGAGUGAUGCUUUGACAUUAACCUUGAUAAUUUC